CAUUCAGCCAACGGAGCCUCACAGUGGAAGCGAGUGCGAGCUUUGGUCUGAAGCAACAUUUUUUUUUAGAAAAUUACAAACCACCAAGCCAACCAACAGACAGACAUACGAAAUAAAUAGCCCAGCCAACAACAACAAAAAACAGAGUCGCAAUAAUACAGCGGAUUAGCGGCAACUGUGCAAAAAACCAACAACAAAAUUACCAAAAAGGAUUAAUGUGCAUUUUCGGAAAUUUUUUACGCGAAUCUCAAACGAACUAGCUUUUGAAAGUAACAAAAAUUAGCAAACGAAAACUGAAAGUGUGAAAAAGUGAACGUUUGAUUUUCAGGAAAAAUUUUUUUUUAACAAAUCCGUGGCAUUUUUUUAGUGAAUAAAAGUUACAGCUGUCGCGAGCGUAAAGGAGAUAUGUGGAAGCACACUUUACUCUUAGUGUGCCUUAGUGGCUGCUGCCUGGCCGGACCGCUGCAUGGAGUUAAGCGAAAUGUACCCAUUGUGCUGCGUGAAGAGGAUGCCGAGCUUGAGCGUCCCGCACCAGAGCCACUGGCGCCUGAGUACCCCGAAAUGCCGUCAACACUGACCUUGCCUAGCAAUGCGACAUCGAUACGCGCCGACAUCACCGAUAGCUUCUCGUGCGAUGAUAAGGUUUAUGGUUAUUAUGCGGACGUGGAGAAUGACUGCCAGAUAUUCCACGUCUGUUUACCGGUAACGUAUGCUGAUGGCAAAGAGAAUACAUUCCGUUGGAGUUUCAUCUGUCCUGAAGAGACUGUGUUCAGUCAGGAAUCAUUUACCUGUAUGCGACGCGAAGAUAUUGCUUUCUCAUGUGAAGACUCUGUUAACUACUAUGAACUGAACCGCAAUUUUGGUAAUACAGAAGAACAGAACGUUAACUCCAUUAAUGUGCAAGCUAACGAAGAGCAAGCGGAAGCCCAACCAGCGGAGCCAGCUGAGCCCGUCGAACAAGAAGUGGAACAAGCUGUUGCCCAACAAGCAGCUGUUCCAGCACCAAAACCAGCCAAGCCAGUUAAGCCUGUGAAGGUGCAGAAACCCAAUCGUAGGAAGCCACAACCGAAACCACAACCAGACCAAGCAGUUUAUCCCACUAAUAAACUGCCAUCAAUUAUGCCGUUACGCAAGAUGCCCAAUGUCGGUGCCAUCGCACCUCUUUCUGUACCUGCUGAAGUAGUACCUGUACAAUCAGCUAAUGAAGAUGAGGUAAAGGUAGUGCCAUCCCGCUACAAGAAACGUCCCACUGUCUCAUUCAAUAGCGAGAAAGAAGUCGUUGAAGUGCCUGCCCAACCCUUCAAAAUUGAGCUAGUGCACACUGUCAGUAACCCAGAAUCAUACAAACGUAGACGUCCCACAUUGGCACACAAAAAUAAUAUUGUGACUAAAGUGUCUGAUGAUGUGCCCGUUGCCGUCGAGACCGCCCCCGAAGCUGUAGAGGUUGUAGAACCUAUUGUGUCAGCAGUUAAAUUCGAAUCCAACUUGGGUGCUAGUCCAGUACAAGCACAGAAGGAAAUUGUAGCGGUUGAAGAACCUGUAGCGCAAGUUGGUGUAGAAUUGCCAGUUGCUGACGCCGAAACUCCAAUCAUCGCAGAUGCCGAACCACAAGCUUCUGAAACCGGUGAAGUUGCCGUGGACUCAGAGCAGACUUUGAAAACAAUCGCCGUACAACCACUUGUUCCUCAAGCCGAAACUGAACAAGCGGAUAAUGCUUUUGUAGCGUCGAAUGAGUUGGCGCAGCCAGUUGUAAGAGCUAAACCUGAAGAUGUAUCGCAAAUUUCAGAAGAAACAAUUAAAAUUGAAGAACCUAUUGCUGAGGAAGUUUCAAAAUCCGAAGAAGCCCCAACGGAAAAGGUGAAAAAAGUUGAGGAACCAAUUGUGGCCGAGUUACUAGUACCAUCUGAAGCAGAACCUGAAAAGGAAGCACAAGCCGUUGAAGCCAUAGAAUCUAUCGAAGGUAAGCCAGCUGUGAUUGUUGAUGCUCUUUCAAAAGCGCCAACAGAAGAAAAACUAGAGGAAGUAGCCGCAGACCAACAAAUCAAUGUAGAAACUCCAACACAGUCUGAAGAACAAGCACAGCCUGAACAGUUUACUGAACAUACCGAGGAUCAAUUAGCUGGCGCUUCUGAGCCACUUGCUCUUGAAGUCGAGCCCGAAGUGAUUGCACCUAUUGAAAAUACAGAGGAAUCUUUGUCUGCUUUGCCCUCACUUGAAGAGUUAGAAGAACAGAAGCCAGCCAAUGCUGUUGAAAUUAUGCCUGCUUCACCUGAAAUGGAGCAACAAGAUCCUAUUGUACAACAAGCUUUUGAGGGCAAUGAAGCUCACUUCCAGACUGUUGGCGGUUUCAAAGCAGUAGAUCCCGAAGUGGCUGCGGAAGCGGAAGCACUUAUCUCAGACUUUAUCAAUACUCUAAAGAGUGCUCAUACUAAUGAAAAACCCACUCUACCAGAACCAGCGGAAGAAGAAGCUUCUGUUGAAAGUGAAGAUGCUAAAAUUGAGAUUGAAACACCACAGAGUGAAGAAAAAAUUGUGGAAGCCGAACCCCAGCCCGAAGAAGUACCCAUUGCAGCUGAAUCCGAAAUGAACUUACUGAAAACCGUAGCUCCUGAAGAAGCAUUAGCAAGUGAAACAGAAAAUGUCCCUGUUGUAGCAGACAACGAGCCGGUCACAGAAGAGAGUGUGAAAGUUUCACCUCUUCUUAAAUUCCCAAUCUCCAACAGUUUCCCUGCCAACAUGUACCAAAUUCCUGUAACAAUCAUUCAAACACCUUACGAAGAGGAAAAAAAUGCCGAAACCGAAGUGCAAGAACCACAAGUGGAAAUUAAUGCGGAGGAAGUAAAAUUUGAAGCACCAGAGAAUGUAAAAGAAUCAGCGCCAGCUGUAGCAGAAACUGAAGAACAAUUGAAAUUCCUGCCCGAAAAGACCGAAGCAGAAAUUAUCCCAGUUGCAGAAACCGAGCCAGAAGCUCAACCCGCUAAUGUCGAGUUUGUUGAAACUGAACCCGAAACUGUGCAAUCUGCUACCGCUGAAGGUGUGAAAACCGCACUAGAAGCUGUACAACCAGCUCUGACCGAAACUGUGGAGACUGUGCCAGAGGCUGAAAGAGAAGUAGCACAACUCGCCGCUCCUGUAGCUUUCAGACCCAUCAGCAUCGACGAUAUCGUUGAAUUGGUUAAAGAGCGCUUAGAUCAAGCACCCGCCGAUGAGAAAGGUGCACCCAUGGAACUUAUUGUCGACUCAAGCAACGUCGACAGGCCUGUUGAGUUGAAAUUUAGUUCGGAAAAAGGGUCAACGCCGCAAGAAGUAUCAGCUGAACAAACACCUACCGAGGAUAUCAUUUUUCCCAUUUAUCAUCGAGUGUCCGAGCCUGAGGUCAGCGCUGUCCAAGUACCCGAAUCUUUCACCGCAGAAGAGCCCAGCGCAUUCGUCACGGAACUCAAAAAGUUACCAGUUGAAGCUGAGACCGUACAAAAUGUAGUCGAACCGAUAGUACAAACUGUAGAACAGGCUGUACAAACGAAUGCCGAUGACCGUGAAGCUAAUGUAGCCGUCAAGUCGGCCAUCAGCACUGAGACUGAGCGGGAAGCUGAAGUUGUGGCAGCGCCAGUCGCGAAUAUGCAAGAAACUGAGAGCGAAGCUGCUGUUGCGUCGGCUGAUGCGCCCAUUGAAACUGAAACCAUCGAAGCUGAAAGUGCGAAGGCAAAUCGUGCUUUAAGAUCGCGCAGUUUGAGCAAAGCUAAAAUUGAUCCGCGUAAACGUCGUUUCCUUUUCAGAUCGGAUGCCAGUUAGAUGCUGCAAACACCUUAUUUAUGCCCAUUGUGAGCACACCCUGUAUGCCACAGGGUGAGCGUGCGCGUAGAAUGUACGCAACCCGCCCAUAAAAUUCCUACAGCUUAGGUUUCUAAUUUUUCACUACAUAAUAUACUCUGCUUUGCUCCACUACUACAACAACCACAAACAUCGUUUGGGACUGAACGCGUCAGCGUCGAAUUUUUAUUGUGUGUUGGGUGUCACAGACAGGUGGACUUCAGCAGAACAGCAGAAAAAAAAAUACUACUCAAACUUUAUUUUCUUAUUUAAGUUAAACUAAUUUAUGAAUUUAGAUCUACAUACUACUUUUUUAUAUAAAAAAUUAUAAAAAAUGAAAAAAUGCAAAAUUUAGAAAAGUGCGUGAAAUUCACACAGUUUCGUUUGCCGAAGCCAUAUAAAAGAAGAAAAUAAUUUAUUUUGUUGUUGGAAGCAUUUUUGUUCAAUGCUAAGAAAUAGAAGCGAUCUUAAGCACAUUAAGGAGUGUAAUUUUAUAUUUGCUGAAUAUAUAGACACACAUACCACAUAAAUAUAGAUAGAUAUAUUAAGAAAAUGUUUUAGAUGCUCCAAUUUACUUAAGUUGAACAAAGGUGACAAUUAAAUAAAAUUAAAAAUGAUAAAAAAUAUUUUAA